AUGCCCACUCUUGCAGCCGCAAAGACCUCGAAUGCUGGCUAUUGUCCAUCGUAUCUCCCAGUGGCCGUGAUAUUCGGAGGAACCUCAGGGAUCGGCCAAGCUAUAACUGAGACACUAGCCGAGUACCUCAAAGGCCGCGUUCACAUCGUCAUUGUUGCCCGCAACAAGGCAGCGGCAGACGCCAUCAUUGGCAGUCUUCCUAUACCCAUAGCCUCUGACGCUGCUGGGUCCAGGUAUGAGUUCAUAGCGUGCGAUGUGACGUUGAUGAAGAACGUUCACGCCGCGUGCAGAGAGCUCUCGGAGAGAUUGCCGAAGAUCAACUUUCUAGUAUUAUCUGCCGGGGUGUUUGCUUUGACCGGAAGGGAGGAGACGCAAGAAGGGAUCGAUAAGAAGAUGGCGUCGAGGUAUUACUCGAGGUGGGCUAUCAUUCAUGACCUUCUACCUUCUUUGCGCAAGGCCAAGGAGGCAGGAGAGGAUGCUAGUGUCCUCUCCAUUUUGGGCGCUGGCGUGGGCUGGGAAGUUGAUGUGGAGGAUUUGGGGUUGAAGAAGCGGUAUACCGCGCUGAAGGCGAUGAUGCAGACGAUCAGCUACAACGACUACAUGAUCGCCGAAUACGCUAAACGGGAACCAGAGAUUGCAUUUACGCAUAUAUCUCCUGGUACUGUCGAUACACCUGGCCUUUACCCCUCAAGCUGGCUUUUGACGAUUUUGAUGCUACCUUUGCGCCCAUUGCUCUGGCUUAUCUCGGCAAAGCCUCAAGAUUGCGCAGAAUAUAUGUUGUUUGCCCUUCUGAAUGCCGAGAAGGGUAUAAACCGUAGGAAUGCAAAGGGCGACGACAUUGGAUCUUGGGGUUUUCCUCAGGCAGUGGAUGGGCAACAACGUGUUUGGGACCAUUCUGCGCAGUUGACGGGUGUAUGA